AUGCAGCCCGGCGUUUACCGUUGUUGUCUGCACCGGAGAGCAACGAAACCUGUACAUAGACCAUAUAAAAUCAACCCAGAUGCCACUCAAUAUUGUUCUUCUUCAUUCUCGUUUUUGGAUAUAUGGUACAUGUAUUUUUUUGCAGGGAAAAAGGAAAAGAGAAGAAAAACGUCAAGGUAUUCUAAGUCAAAAUCAUCACGUGGUACCUACCAUUUUCCAUUGAUGUUGUCAUUGUCGUUCCACCGUGAGUUUCAUCUGACCCGCCGCGACCCACCGGGAAUACGACAUCACAGCCCGUGA